AUGGAUUGGUCGGCUCCCACGGUCAUGAUCCUUCUCUUCCUACCGUUGAGCACUUCCCAAGACCGGCUUGUCCCUGGCAGGGCGCUGUCCCCUGGUAACACCAUCGUCUCCGAUGAUGGUGGAUUCGCCUUGGGCUUCUUCAACCCCUCCAAUUCUUCUCCGGCCAGCCUGUACCUAGGCGUAUGGUACAAUGACAUCCCCGAGCUCACCGUUGUGUGGGUCGCCAACCGAAAUACCCCAGCCACCAACACAACUUCCUCAACACCGAAGCUCUCCCUCACCAAUAGCUCUAAUCUGGUUCUCUCUGAUGGUGGUGGCGGAAGCCGUGUCGUUUGGACAACAGCCAACUUGACCAAUGGUCCGGUCUCGUCUACCCCGACGGCAGUGCUUCUAAACACCGGUAACUUCGUCAUCCGAUCGUCAAACGGCACCAUCCUGUGGCAGAGCUUCGACCAACGCACAGACACAUUCCUUCCCAGCAUGAAGAUCGGCAUAAACUACAGGACGCGUACCACCACCAAGCGCCUGGUAUCAUGGAGAGGUCCCAGCGACCCUUCGUGGGGGCGCUUCUCCUAUGGCUGCGACACGAACAGGUCGUUCCAAACAUUCUUGUGGGACGGCGAGCACCCGGUAUCUCGUGCCACCCCCUGGACAGGGUAUCUAGUGAUGAGCCUACGGCAACAACAACUACUUGGGGCCACAAAUAUCAGUGAUCUUAUCAUCUAUGUAGCCUAUGUCAACAAUGACGAUGAGGCAUACGUCACUUAUAGCCUCUCCGACGGCGCCCCACGCACAAGGAUUGUUCUAACCUACUAUGGCGAGUUUCAGAUCCAAAGCUGGAGCAGUAAGUCAUCAACAUGGGUUGUCCUCUGGAAGUUUCCAUCCGCUGAAUGCAACCAUUACAGUUACUGUGGCCCGUAUGGCUACUGUGACGAGACGGUCGAGGCCCCCACCGUGCCAACAUGCAGGUGCCUCGAUGGCUUUGAGCCGAGUAGCAUGGAAGAGUGGACCAGUGGCAGAUACUCGGCAGGGUGCCGACGGAAGGAGGCACUGCGAGGGUGCAGUGACGGCUUCGUGGCCUUGCCGGGGAUGAAGUCGCCUGAUGGGUUUUUGUUUAUUGCUGGAGGGAGGAGUAAGUAUGAGGACUGUGCCGCGGAGUGUAGCCGCAAUUGCUCCUGUGUGGCAUAUGCGUUCGCCAACCUGAGCAGCAGCAGGUUCGAAGGACACGUGACGAGGUGCUUGGUGUGGUCUGGGGAGUUAAUAGAUACGGGAAAGGUUGGGGAGCUCACCGGCGAGACACUCUAUCUUCGACGUGCAGGCAUGGCUGCAACCAAAGGUAAAAGAAUAAAGAGCAAUGCAGUGAGGAUUGUGCUUCCAGUUGUAGGCUCUGGUGUUCUAGUACUCAUAUGCAUCUCCCUUGCAUGGUUAAAAUUCAAAGGCAAGAACAAGAAAGGGACAAUGCAAAAGAAUAUAAGGUUGGAGGGUAUGAGUAUCUCCGAUGAGUUUGAAGAAGAAAACUCUCCCCAUGAUCAAGAAUUUCCAUUUGUAAGAUUAGAAGAAAUUGCCUUCACAACCCACAAUUUCUCUGAAACAUGCAUGGUUGGACGGGGAGGCUUUGGUAAAGUAUACAAGGGAAUGUUAGGUGGUCAAGAAGUUGCAAUCAAGAGGCUAAGUAGAGAUUCUCAACAAGGAACAAAAGAAUUUAGGAAUGAAGUAAUUCUAAUUGCCAAAUUGCAACAUAGAAACUUGGUUCGACUUCUUGGAUGCUGCAGUGAGGGAGAUGAAAAGCUCCUGAUAUACGAGUAUCUGCCAAAUAAGAGCUUAGAUGCUACCCUUUUUGAUGAGUCGAGAAAAUUGCUGUUGGAUUGGGCGACACGCUUUCGUAUAAUCAAAGGGGUUGCAAAGGGACUUCGGUAUCUUCACGAAGACUCAAGGUUCACCAUAAUUCAUAGAGACCUCAAAGCUGCAAAUGUUUUGUUGGAUGCGGAUUUUAAACCCAAGAUAGCGGAUUUUGGUAUGGCGAGGAUCUUUGGCAAUAACUUGGAAAAUGCGAAUACCCAACACGUUGUUGGAACAUAUGGUUACAUGGCUCCUGAGUAUGCAAUGGAAGGUGUCUUCUCUACCAAGUCUGACGUCUACAGUUUUGGCGUGUUACUACUGGAGGUUGUAACUGGUAUAAGGAGAAACUCCAUUAGUGAAACCAUGGGAUUCCCUAGCCUCACAGUAUAUUCAUGGAAUAUGUGGAAGGAAGAUAGGACCAAUGAGCUGCCGGACUCAUCUAUCUUAGAUACUUCACCAGAUGAAAUUCUGCUUUGCAUCCAUGUAGCACUCUUGUGUGUUCAGGAGAACCCCGAUGAUAGGCCGCUCAUGUCAUCUGUUGUGUUUGUCCUAGAGAACGGGACGGGGAGCACCCCACUUACAUCCCCCAAUCUCCCCGCCUACUUUGCGAGACAAAGUGCUGCAAUGAAUCAAAUCAGAACUGAUGUCCAGACAUCCGUGAACAGUUUUACUCUUACUGAGAUAGAGGGACGAUGA